CACUUGCUUUUAAGGAGCGUCAACGGCGCGUCUGGUACCUCGGCUAAAAACUUACUGUUGGACGCAUCACUGUGGAGAGAGGAGGGUGCAUAUUUUACGCUUGGAGAUAGGGCCGAGGAGCUACUCGACUUCCACCAUGACUGAACGCUUUGACUGUUACUAUUGCCGUGACAACCUCCAUGGGAAGAAGUAUGUGAUGAAGGAUGAGAAGCACGUGUGUACAAAGUGCUUCGACAAGCUCUGUGCCAACACAUGCGCCGAAUGCCGUCGCCCCAUUGGGGCUGAUGCCAAGGAGCUGAACCAUAAGAACCGUCACUGGCACGAGGACUGCUUCCGCUGUGCCAAGUGCUACAAGCCCCUGGCUAACGAGCCCUUCGGCGCCAGGGACGACGGCAAGAUCAUGUGUGGCACGUGUGGCUCCCGCGAGGAUGGCAACCGGUGCCAGGCCUGCUACAAGGUGGUCAUGCCAGGCACCCAGAAUGUGGAGUAUAAGAACAAGGUGUGGCAUGAGGAGUGCUUCACCUGCUUCGAGUGCAAGCAACCAAUCCGCUCGCAGAGUUUCCUGAACAAGGGCGACGACAUAUUCUGCGGCCCGUGCCACGAGAAGAAAUUUGCCAAGAAAUGCUUCCACUGCAAGCAGCCCAUCACCUCAGGUGGUAUAAGCUACCAGGACCAGCCCUGGCACUCAGAGUGCUUUGUGUGUCGUACAUGCCGUAAGGGCCUGGCCGGAACGCGCUUCACCUCCCAUGAGGAGCAUGUCUACUGUGUGGACUGCUACAAGACCUCCGUGGCCAAGCAGUGCAACGGCUGCAAGAAUCCCAUCACAGGGUUUGGCCAUGGGACCAACGUGGUGAACUACGAGGGUCACUCCUGGCACGAGUACUGCUUCAAUUGCAAGAAAUGCUCCCUCUCCCUGGCCAACAAGCGCUUCGUCAUCAACGGAGAGGACAUCUACUGCCCUGACUGUGCUAAGAAGCUGUGAGCAUAGCCAGCAACGUGCCCUGUCUCAUUCAUGUUGGGGGCAGAACAUAAACAGGAUAAGCCAGCUAACUCCAAUUAAGUGGCCAAUCAAGGUUUAAAAGAGAAAGUAUGUAUUAGGUUAAAUCACCUGAAUGAAAUCUAACAGCAGUUGAAUAUGAAUCACUGUUUUCUGUCAUUGUUGAAUACUAACACACCAAGUGGUUUGUUUUUCUUGGCCUACAAUAUGUAAUACUAACAAGCUUGGGUCAAAUUCAGAACUCUGCAUAAUCAUUGGGGAAUGCCCUUUUCAGUUCCUUACUGGAACAGUAAUAAUGGCUGUUACAUGCUUCCUGAAUCAUAUACUAGCUAAAUAAUCAGUCAUGGUGUCUCUGAAGUGAUGUGUUUGAAGAGCUGUUGACAGUUUUGCAUAUAGUGCUUCAAUAAUCAGUAUGGACAAACUAGGUCUUUGUAGGUAUCAAAGUGUUAUGCUCAGAGUCUAAAUCAUGUACUCAGCUUUUUGAAGUGAAGUUUAGGAUGUGAAUGCACAUUAUUGCUCAAUAAAGGUAAGCGCCAAAAUUGUGUUUAUUUCCCUCUGCUCGACAGAAAUGAAACCCCUCUUAUUUUGCAAAACUUUAUUUAACAGUUCAUAUCCUCAGUACAUUUUAGAUAUAUUUACAAAUAUAAUUUGUGGACAGGGCUUGGGUUAGGGUCUGAAAAGCCUCCAGAAACCAAUUCAUAUUCACUGUAGCCCUGGUCAGGUAGAAUGAUUGUCAUGGCCAAGGUAAGGACAUGUGACGCGUUUUAUUAAUUAUUAUAGCAAUCUAAGGCACCAUUCUAGCCUACCGUCAUGAGAUCGCUAAGAACAGUUAGCUCCGUAUUCAAGCCCACCAAUGCAGAAAGGAAUUCAAAUAAGUGUCCAAGUCCUGUUUAUUGGUAAUAUAUCAGGACUGCCAUGUAUUGGCGGUGUCUGACUGGAUGUGCCACUGCUAUUACCUAAGCACAUGUAGCGCUGACCACGGAACCACCAUGGGUUUCAUAUUGAACAUGUCUACGGCAAUACCCUGCACUUUGAAUAGAUUCAUGUUUGUCAAGUCAAGGAGGGAAGUUCAUAAAAAGCCUGGAUGGGAAGAGACAGGGGAGGAGAGAGAAAAUGUAUUUCCUUCAAGAAUACCAAACCCCCCCUCAGGACUAUACAGUGAAGUCACCCCAAUCUACAAAUGUAAUUCAUUUCAGAAAGCUUUUCAACCCUUUUAAAAAGUGGAAAACCUCCCAGUGCAAAGCGUAUCAUAUUGUGAUGAAUAAUAAAAAGGUUUGCACAUGAAAACUAAAAACAGUUUCCCCUCUGACAGAGAUGCAUGUUAAACGAUUAAGGGCUUGUUUGUUUAGUCAAAGUUACAUUCUCUAAGCCUAUAAGUCAAAGCUAAGCUCAUUGCCCUCCAACUAGACAUAAUGUAUAAUAUAAAGCCAUUUCAGAGAAACCUUCUGGUUUAUUAGCACAACAAUCAGCCAACAGGCUUAUUAUGAGGCAAAAAAAUAAGGUCCCCAAACCUCUGUUUGGACAAUUCAAGCAUAGGGAAUUAAAGCUUCUCAAUACAGCUUUUAAAAAAAUAAACGCACAAGACUGACCAAAUCACAUUGUUCCCGUCUCCAUCCUUCAGUGGUAGACUCAGUCACACUGCUGUUACAGAGGUGUGGGGCGCAGUGGUCAGAGUCCAUGUGAACUUUUCUAUUGCAA